AUGACGUCGCACUGGGAGGAUUUUUAUGCUACUCAUCUACCGCCGAACUGUUUCGAGGAUAAUCGAUCCCUGCUGAAGGAAUUCUGCGACCGACACUACAAACUCAAGAGCCCCAUCGUGCUCGUUACGUCCGGUGGUACGACCGUUCCAUUGGAGCACAACACGGUGCGCUUUGUGGAUAACUUCAGUGCCGGCAACCGUGGGUCUGCUUCGGCCGAGUACUUUCUUGAGCAUGGGUACGCCGUUAUAUUUAUGCAUCGAAGCAAAUCACUGGAGCCGUUUUCACGCCACUUCACCGGCCAGCAGCUGCUCGAUAUGCUGGAGCUGCACGAGGAAGGAAUGAGCACCACAAUUACUGUGAAACCAGACUCGGUGGAUGUGCUGGCACCGGUGCUAGACAAAUACAAAAAUGCCCAGGAAACGCACCGGAUGCUGUACAUCACCUUCACUAGCGUGGUCGACUACAUGUGGCUGUUGCGUGCGGCCUGCGAAUCGUUGGCACCGUUCGAGCGGCAUGCGGUGCUCUUUCUGGCCGCUGCCGUUUCCGACUUUUACGUGCCACAGGAUGAGAUGCCAACGCACAAGAUACAGUCCGGGCACGGUGCACCGACGAUAUCGCUCCAGCUCGUGCCAAAGAUGCUGGCCCCGCUCGUGAGCCUCUGGGUGCCGCUUGCGUACGUUGUGUCGUUUAAGCUGGAAACGGACGAAGCGUUGCUGAUCGCCAAAUCCCGCGAAAGUCUCAACAAGUACAAGCACAAGCUAGUGAUCGCGAACAUACUGCAGACGCGCAAGAACCGUGUUGUGUUCGUGACGCCUAGCAGCAACUACGAAAUUGUGCUGACGAAGGAUCAGGCCCUGUCCGGGCUGGAGAUCGAGGAACCGAUAGUGGCAGAUGUGGUACGGCGGCAUCAGGACUACGUCCGGGAGACGGAACAGCCCACACACCAAUGA